CUCCGGCUUGGGACCUCUCUGCCUGGCAGCCAAUCAGCAGCGCUUUGUCCAGCGCCGUGGUGUCGCGGCUUCCCCAGUAGCGGCGGCGGCGGCGGCGGCAGUAAAGAGGCGGAGAGGCGCGGUGACUGCGGCGUGAUCCUGCGAACUGCGCUCGCUGACAGCCCAGUUACCGACUGAGUGAGUGACGGAGCGCCGCUUAAUUCCAAGCUCAUCUCAACUCUGUCAUCUGGGAUCCCCUGGAGAGCUGCAUGCCGGAGACUAUGAGCAUUGGGUUAGCUCCUUUAAGGGAAGAGCAAAGCUUGUGUGGAUAGAGGUUGGGCUGCAGUGCGAUGGAUACAAUAAGAAGCUACGCGGCGUGGCUGCUGUGGUUGUGGUUGCUAGGACACAGUGACGGCGUUUUGCGAUGGACUACGGGGAAGGACAGGUCAGAGGACACGGAUGGAGGAACUCUGAGGCGCUCGAAACGCGGCUGGAUGUGGAACCAGUUCUUUUUACAAGAGGAGUACAUGGGGACCGAGAAGCAGUACAUCGGAAAGCUCCAGUCGGACCUGGACAAAGGUGACGGCAGCGUGCAGUACAUCCUCUCAGGGGAGGGGGCCGGAUCUAUCUUCACCAUCGAGGAAUCCACCGGCAACCUGCACGCCAUAAAGCGUCUGGACCGCGAAGAGAAGGGCCAGUACAUGCUGAGGGUCCGGGCUCAGAACAAGAUCACCAGGCAGCCCAUCGAGCCCGAGACCGAAUUUGUGGUAAAGAUCCACGACAUCAACGACAACGCCCCGACAUUCACCAAGGAGCUGUACACAGCCGGCGUGCUGGAAAUGUCACCCGUGGGCACGUCUGUGACUCAGGUGACGGCCAUAGACGCUGAUGACAGCACGUACGGUACCAGCGCCAAGCUGGUGUACAGCCUGCUGGAAGGGCAGCCCUACUUCUCGGUCGAUCCGGAAACAGGCAUCAUCAGGACAGCCCUCCCCAACUUGGACAGGGAGAAGCUGGCCAGUUACAAGAUAGUGAUCAAGGCCAAAGACAUGGCAGGGCAGAUCGGGGGGCUGUAUAGCUCAGCCACUGUCAGCAUCACCCUGCAGGAUGUGAACGACAACCCGCCACGAUUCCCGCAGAGUCUGUCUGAGUUCAGCGCCCUCGAGGCAACGGAGGUCGGAUACCUGGUGGGGAAGGUGAACGCCAUAGAUGCAGACGUCGGCAGAAACGCCGAGGUCACCUACAGCAUCGUCGAAGGGGACGGGUUGGACAUGUUCAAAAUCACCACGGAAACGGCCACCCAGGGAGGCGUCAUUACUGUGAAGAAGCCUUUGGACUACGAGAAAAAGAAGUCGUACACACUUAAGGUGCAGGCUGAGAACACGUACCCAGACCCCCGCUUCCUAUGGGGAGACUCGGCCAAGGACUCGACCACGGUGCGCAUCACCGUCAGGGAUGUGGACGAGCCCCCGAUAUUUGAGCAGGCCUCCUACAUCAUGGAGGUGAAGGAGGAUGUAGCCGUGGGAACAGCCGUUGGCUCCGUGACGGCCUCCGACCACGACGCCAUACGCAACCCCGUCAGGUACUCCAUCAAUCGUCACAGAGACCUCGACCGGCUUUUCAGCGUGGACCCGGUCAACGGAUCCAUAUUUACCCAGAAGCCACUGGACCGCGAGGAAGCCGUCUGGCACAACAUCUCCGUGAUCGCCACCGAGCUCAGUAGCCAGCGACAGAACAGUGAGGCGUCUGUCUACAUCCGGCUGCUGGACGUCAAUGAUAACGCCCCCAGCUUCCCCUUUCUCUACGAGGCACACAUCUGCGAGGGUAUCAAGGGGGGCCAGGUCAUACUGAACGUGAGCGCCACAGACGCCGAUGCUCCGCCGGGAGGACACAAGUUCUCCUUCACGUUGGACUCAGAGAGCGCCGUCAGGACCAACUUCUCAGUGCGUGAUAACAAAGAUAACACAGCCUCCAUUCUGACCCGGCACGGGGGCUUCAGUCGUCUGCAGAAAAGAAACUACCAGAUCCCCGUGGUUAUAACCGACGGUGACUACCCCCGGCAAAGCAGCACCAACACACUGGUGGUGCACGUGUGCCCGUGCGACCGCUACUACAAUGUGGAGUCUUGCAACCUAGAGGCCCUGUCCCAAUCUGCCGGACUCAGCACCGCCGCCCUGGUGGCCAUCCUCCUCUGCAUCGUCAUCCUCCUCACGACGGUCGUGCUCUUCACGGCCCUGAGGCGACAGAGGAAGAAGGAGCCGCUGAUAUUCUCCAAGGACGACGUGAGGGACAACAUCGUCAGCUACAACGACGAAGGCGGCGGUGAGGAGGACACGCAGGCCUUCGACAUCGGCACGCUGCGCCACCCGGAGGCCGUGGAGGAGAGCAAGACACGGCGUGAUAUCGUCCCUGAGGCGCUGUACCUGCCAGCCCGCUGCGCGGCGGCCGCCCCGGCAAGGGACAACGCCGACGUCCGCAACUUCAUCAACCAGCGGGUGCACGACAACGACAGCAACCCCACGGCGCCCCCUUAUGACUCCCUUGCCACCUAUGCCUACGAGGGGAGCGGCUCGAUCGCCGAUUCGCUGAGCUCCCUAGGCUCCGCCUCCACUGAGGGCGACCAGGACUACGAUUACCUCAGCGAGUGGGGGCCCCGCUUCCGGAAACUGGCGGAAAUGUACGGUGGGGAGGACUGCCGUCGGUAUUCCUAACGGAUCAUUGGCGGGAAUACCGUGAACAAAAAACUGGGGAAUACCGGGAACAAAAAACUGGGGAAUACCGGGAACAAAAAACUGGGGAAUACCGGGAACAAAAACUGGGGAAUACCGGGAACAAAAACUGGGGAACAGAAAAAGAACAGAAAACAGGCACAAAGGAUCUAUCCUGGCACUGAACACGGCCGCUCGGGGAGAGGGCAGAAACGCGGCCCCCACUUUGACCAAGUGCCCUUUUUCUUUUCAUAAAAUCCUCAUCUGUUCAUCCUUUCGCUGACCAGACUGUACCCAACAGAUGCCGAUUCUCUAACAGUGUACGUUUCCUCAGCAUACAGACAUGAAAAUGUGUUUUCCUCUCUUACAAGCUUUUGUUGCCACUCCGUUCGCCAUGUGAGAUGGAAUUUUUUCACUUUUACGGAAAAUCUUUGAAGAACUUACUCGCAUACUUUUACGUGAUCCGCCGAGACACGUCCGGCGUUUGUGAGCUGAGUCUUAAACGUUCUGUCUUGCCCUUUGUGUUUUAUAAUGACAAGUUUGUAAUCUCUUAAAUGCUGAUUUUUAACUGCCGUUUUCCUUCAGCUUAAUGUACACUUACAGAGGAGCAGGUUUUAAGUUAACGGAGGCUCAUGUAUUUUAUGACAGUAUCUCACUGUAUCUUUUAUCUCCACUUUUAAUUGCUACGUUUUUUUUUAUGGCAAAGCCCAAACUUGACUCGUGUUGUGACUUUUUUUAUGACAUGGUAUGGAGAUGAAUGGUUGUUUUACUUUAUAUUUUCCUUGUUAUAUAUUUUUCUGUUUCAUUUCUGUAUUAUCGUCAUGUUUACCUCUCAGGGUUGAAAAGAUCCGUCUGCCAAAAUCAACAUGCCAUGAGGGAGGGGGUAGUGAGUUUGCUAUAUGAACAAAGGUGGAUGGCUUUACCACCCUAAAUCUACAGGGGGCACUCUUCUACACUGUUUACUGUAGCUUUAACUAGAACAAUGACCUUGAUGAAGGAGUUACUAUGACUAUAUCAGGAAUUAUUGUAAUACGUUCUGAGAAAGUAUUCACCACCAUACCAUGAAGGAGACUAGUACGAUCCAGGGAAAAUCUGCUUGUCUGAAAAACCAAAAAUCAAGUCUUGAGCACGAUAAUAUUCCCGGAUGUAGCUUAAGCAGUGAAGGAAAUGAAUCCAAGCGAUUUAUCAUGUAAGUUCUCCCAGAAAAUUGUAACACGACUGUGGAAACUUGGUCAAUCAAGAACUCUAUAGAAAUUUUAAUGAAUACAUUUAAAUUAAUUUAACUUAAUAAGCUUAAACAUAUUAAUUAAAUGUUUGAUAUUGCAGUAAAAACUGUGUAGUACUCUUGGCAAAGCCUUUUCCAGUACUGAAUUCUGAAAUUCAAAUCUUUAUGAUGUUGAGUGAGUCUUGCGUUGUGCUAUAAAUGGAACAAUAUGUCAUUAAGUGAGGACUUACUGUAUAAAGGAUCUUUACAAUUCUGCUAGUAGGUGUACACUCAAAUUAUUAAUUACCUCUGGCUGGUUCAUUGUCCCAGUUUUGUUGGUGAUUUUUUUUAUUGUAGCUAAAUCAUUUUGUUCAAAGGAAGCUGAGAUUAUGUGCAUUGAGUUCAUAAAUCAAAUGCUAAUGUGCUUUGUAAUGUGACAUUUUGUACCAAACAUUUAUAUGACUCUCCCUGACAGUUAAGAAGCAUAAACUAACAGGAGUAACAACAGAAAAAAAAAUUAUGUGACUUUUGAACUGUAUAUUGGAACGUUGGAGCAGUGUAGAGCUCGAGCAACAAUGUAUUAUUACACAUUUAUUAAAUAAAUGCCAUUUUGUAAGAAAA